CGUCAUGUCGAUUUGGAGGUUGAAUUUUUCAUUUUCGGUUUUCUCUACUGAAUUCUCUAGAUUUUUCGUAAUUAGUUCAUUGUCAACUACUAAAAACCUCAACUCUUUAAUUUAAAACCACGUGGGAACAACUAAACCGCCAUGUCAAGGCGGUACCGUGAUGUAGCUGCAAAAAUGCAGCAAAAUGUCCAGAAACAUCUAAAGGAGAUGAAAGACUUGUCUUCCUCUGAAGAUGAGGAGCCUUACGAGUCUAGCGUGCUGGAGGGAGUCUUCCAGACGUACACGCGAGGCGGCGGCGACACCCACAUGCUGGAUCGAACCAGACAUCUCUUGGAAGAGGCGAUCAGCGGCCGCUCAGUAACGUGCCUCAUUUGUAUAGCCUCUAUCAAGAGAGCCGACGCUAUAUGGACUUGCGAGCACUGUUUUUCGUAUCUUCACCUCUUGUGUAUACAGAAGUGGGCCAACGACAGCGUCAGUCUCCUCACUGAAGAGACACAGGCACCUCUAGCAGUUGUCAAACCCCGAAAAAUUGAAUGGUGCUGUCCCAAAUGCAGAAACUCGUACACCAAAGAUCAAAUACCUCGUAAGUACAGGUGUUUUUGUAGCAAAACCGAUAAUCCUCCUUUCCAUCCAUGGCUGGUGCCUCAUACAUGCGGUGAAGUGUGUGGAAAGCCUUUGUCAAGCGGAGAUAAUUGUAAGCACAAGUGUUUGCUACUUUGCCAUCCUGGACCUUGCCCUCCAUGCCCGCAAACUGUAAAUGGAGUGUGUUAUUGUGAGAAAGAACGCAAGAGAGUCAGAUGCAGUGCUGCAAAAUGGUCCUGUGGACAGCAGUGUAAGAAAUUACUCUUCUGCAAGUCGCACAAGUGUGAGAGCACCUGCCAUCCAGAUGACUGCCCGCCAUGCAGCUACGUAAGUGUGCAGGCUUGUCAAUGUGGUGCUGAAAAAACUAAACGGCCUUGUAAUGAUCCUUCAUGGCAGUGUAAGAAAGUUUGUAACAAGCCAUACUCAUGUGGCUAUCAUAAAUGUGAGAAAGUAUGUCAUUCUGGUGAUUGUGGUACUUGCCCAAAUUCAGGAACUAGGUCUUGCCCGUGUGGGGCUAACCAGCGGUAUGUCCAAUGCCCGGAUGUUAUGGAAACAUGCUUAGGAACCUGCAAUAAGAAGCAUGACGACUGUGAACAUCGCUGUCCAGAGAAGUGUCAUAAGGGAGCAUGCCCUCCAUGCCAAGUGUUGAUCGAGAAGAAAUGCUUCUGCUCAGCUCAUUGCAGAAUGCUUCCUUGUAGCAAAGAAUAUAAAUGUGAAACUAAAUGCAGGGGAAUAAGACCAUGUGGCAAGCACGGUUGCAGUCGCAAAUGCUGCAAUGGCAACUGCCCACCCUGUGAGAAAGUCUGUGAUAAACCACUCCAAUGUGGACGUCACAAAUGCACAAUGGUUUGUCAUCAUGGGCCAUGCUACCCCUGUCCAAGAGAGUCCAAAAUAACAUGCAGAUGUAAAGAGACCUACAUAACAGUCUUGUGUGGAAGAGAGAGACAAACAAAACCUCCGAAAUGCAACCUCCCUUGCAAAAUAAAAUACAAGUGUGGUCAUAUCAAUGAAAACAAACAUUCCUGCCACUUUGGGGACUGUCCUCCCUGCAAGGCUAUUUGUAAAAAAGCCUAUGAAAAAUGCGAGCACAACUGUAUAGCUGUAUGUCAUGAGAACGUAGCUGUAGUUUUCAAACCAGUAGCGAAGCCAGCUACACCAUGGGAGAUAACACCACCAAAAACCAAAAUAAUGACUUUAGACUGCCCUCCCUGUGAGACACCUGUCCCUGUUAUAUGCUUUGGUGAACAUGAGACAGAGAAUCAGCCUUGCCACUCUGCUAAACGAAGAUGCUGCGGUCGCAAAUGCGGCCGACCGUUGGCCUGCGGCAACCACACCUGCUCUUUACUCUGUCACUUUUACACAAAUCAACCUGACUAUCCAAAUGUCCCGUCUUAUUGUAAACCAUGCAAUAAAGAAUGUGCAGUGAUCCGUCCCGAAAAAUGCUCCCACAAAUGCAGCAUUAGAGCCUGUCACCCAGGGGAAUGUCCACCAUGUGAAAUUCUGGAACGUAUUCCAUGUCACUGUGGAAUCACUGAGCUAUAUUUACGCUGUCGUGAGCUGUCUAUUGCCACAGAAGAAAUGCUGUCUUGCAAACAGCAAUGUCCUAAGAAUUUGGAAUGCGGACAUCGCUGCAGAAAUACCUGCCAUUCAGGACUGUGUGGGCUUGGCCAGGUGUGCAAUAAGAAGACCAAAAUUUACUGUGAGUGUGGUAAUUUGAAACGAGAUGCACCAUGCAACUUGGUCCGUUCCGGAGAGGCUAAAGUUGCAUGUGAUGAAAGUUGCGCAGCUAAGAAACUUGCAGCCAAACUAGAGAAGGAUAAAGAGGAACUGAGAUUGAAAGAAUUGGAAGAAGAGAAAAACCGUAGGGAGCUAGCGGAAUAUGAAUGGAAAUUGAGCGGCAAGAAAAAGAAAUAUAAAGAAAAGAAGCAGGUUUCAAAUGAAGACAAUAGAAGCUGGUGGCAAAAGUAUUGGAUUCCUAUUUUAUCUGUUUUAAUUACUAUCUUUGGUGCACUGUAUCUUGUUAUUGAGGUUUAAGAAUAUUUAUUGGUUUUUGUCUGAACAAAAUUAUUGUUCAGUAAUUAUUAUAGACUUUUAAAAGACAUUUCAUUUUAACCUUGCCAUUUUUUAACUCUUGAUUAUAGUAAUUUAUUUGAUUGAGUGAUUUUUAAAUGUAGACUAUUUUUAAUUGAUUAUAUUAUUUUUUUAAAGUUGAGACUGGUCUACUUAUUGUUCUUAGAGUGUGCUAAGUAUGUGGUUUGAUAUUUCCAUGUGAAUUAUUAAUAAGAAUGUUUUUUUUUCGUAUAAAGCUGUGUUCACACUAAUAAUAGGGCUACACUGGUGUAGUGAUGUGGUAUGUAGGAGUAACUUUUAUAUUUAUUUGGUGUGAAUGAAGCUGUUGUAAUGACUAGGUUUAAGGUUUUAUUUAAGUAUGUAUUUAAAAUAUGGAAGUCCCAUUAUCUAGUUUUACCUUGUGAUAAUUUUUUAAUAAUAAAAUUACAGAAAAUAA